ACUUAACAUACUCAACGCAUAACCCGUAUCUUGGUAGAAAACGGUAAAGAGUCGGUCGCUAAUUUUUCAAGCAAUAACCGGGCAAAAUGUCAUCAGAAGAGGACGACGAUGAGAUAACAGAUUUGGAAACCAUUCGCGAUAAAAUUCUAUCGCAGCCUCGUGGCGAACGUAUGCAAGUGAGUGCUUGGGAAGACGAUGACACCGGAGUUGAAGCCGAACGUAAUGCGGAAGAACCUGAUGAAAAAGCUAUGCUCACUGCAGCGGAAGAAGGCAAUCUAGUUAAAGUGAAGCAACUCUAUGUUAAAAACAACUCAUUACUGCACUGUACCGAUAAAGAUGGUUACACCCCACUUCACAGAGCAUGCUAUGGAAAUCAUGUUGAUAUUGUCGAGUACUUAUUAAAAGUUGGAGCAAGGAUGGAUGCACAAACACAAGAUAAAUGGCAACCACUACAUUCUGCUUGUCACUGGAAUAAUGUGGAUUGUAUCGCAGUUUUAAUUGCACAUGGAGCAGAUAUUAAUGCAAGAACGGAAGGAGAUCAAACACCUUUACAUUUAGUAUGUGCAAGUUCUCACAACUCUCCAGCCCUUCAACUUCUUCUUUUACAUCCUGAUACCAAUCCUCACAUAGUGAACAAUAGUGGAGACACUCCACAUCAGAUCGCCAAAAGGACAGGCAAAUACUAUCCUCUAUUCGAAAUUAUUGAACCGUGUCUAAAUGAAAUUUAAAUAAAGGACCCACAUUGGUCUUAUUUUAUAUCCUAUUUAAUUGAUAUGCAUACAAGAGAAUGCACAUACAUGAGGAUAAAAACAUUGCAUCAUAACAUUAAUCAAUAUAAUUACCUCUAUAUAUUAUGCCAUAAUUUCAUAAAUAUCACACAACUAAUAAGUAGACAUAGACAUUUCAUUACAUAUGCAUUCCACGAAGUAACUAUCAUGUACAAAAAUACAAGUAUCGAAAUAUCCGCAUAAGCAUAAGUUUUACAUUAAAAUGAUGAUAAGAUAAUACUUCAGUUCAUUACAUGAAUGGUUUUCAAUGUGUUCAAGACAAAUCUAUAAUUUACUCUCUAGUGUUACUGUAUCUCAUUAAAAAUAUCUACAAACAGUA